GGGACUAAUUAUCUCAAGAUGCCUCGUUUGGAAGACGUUGCCAACAUUGCUCUGAGGGUGCCAAGCAUCCUGGUGCUGGACUUGCUCUAUAAGUGUGACAUUGAUAGCUUCACAGAGCACCUCAAGAACGAAGACAUGCUCUUCAAAUACAAAUAUGUUAUCUGGAGCCUGUAUUACUCAGGUAUGUAUUCAUACACGUCAACUAAUUCCCAAAUGGCACCCCUAUGGGCUCUGUUCAGAAGUAGUGCGCUAUAUAGGGAAUAGGGUGCCAUUUGGAACUCAACCAUGACCAUAUCAUCACAUAUUUCUCCAACGUGACUUUACCCUAACCAUAGCCUGCAUUUUUGAAGGUAGCAUUUGUGUUCUGUCUUUCCUGAAACACACAAUUUCAGUUUGGAGGAAAACCAGGGACGUGUUCACUAGCCAACCAAACAGAAGCAAAUGGAACAAAACAGGGAGGGACUUACCUGAAUUUUCCCAAUAGAAACUCAGUUUCGUUGCAAAACAUUUUCUGUUUGUAGUAAAAUAUGCCAUUUAGCAGACUCUUUUACCCAAAGCGACUUAGUCAUGUGUGCAUACAUUUUACAUACGGGCGGUCCUGGGAAUCGAACCUUCUAUCCUGUCAUUGCAAGCCAAAUGUUGCAAAAGGUUUUGCUACAGUGCAAACAUUUUUGUUGUUGUGUGUGAAUACACCCCCAGCUGUUUUGCUCUGUGUGUACCACUAACAGUGCUGUGUAACCUCCCGAGUGGCGCAGUGGUCUAAGGCACUGCAUCGCAGUGCUAGCUGUGCCACUAGAGAUCCUGGUUCGAUUCCAGGCUCUGCUGUAGCCGGCCGCAACCGGGAGACCAAUGGGGCGGCGCACAAUUGGCCCAGCGUCGUCCAGGGUAUGGGAGGGAAUGGCUGGCAGGGAGGUAGCUCAGUUGGUAGAGCAUGGCGUUUGCAACGCCAGGGUUGUGGGUUCGUUUCCCACGGGGGGCCAGUAUGAAAAUAAAAAAGAAUAAUGUAUGCACUAACUGUAAGUCGCUCUGGAUAAGAGCGUCUGCUAAAUGACGUAAAUGUCUCUGUCCUCUUCCAGGUCAUGUGGUGAACGUUGUGGUGUUAGUCUUGCCACUGAGACACAUCAUCAAGCUCUACCUCCACAUCCUUACCACCCUGCUCUUUUACGUGGGACACCAGAUCUCCAAGUGAGCGUCUACACUUCAAAACCACGCAGAUAGAUUUCUAGCACUCAGAAUCAAAUCAGCUAAGGCUGUUUAUUAUGAGAGACUAGUGGGUCACAAAACCCAAAAUGGCUGCCGUAUACGGAGCGUGACAGCUGACCCACAUACUAUAUCUUCACAGUUCUUCCCCACGAUGCAAAUAGAUGUUCUGUAGCUAUACGGAGUGUGACAGCUUCUGUGACAGUUUGUACGUCUUGGGUCAAUCUUAUGAGAACAACUACACUUCCCAGAAUGCUAGUAGAGCUUAAUUGAUCUCUUAAAAGAUGAUGUAUGACUAUCUACAAAGAUUGCUAGAGAGGCUAACCGUCCUGUCUUAAGUUGACCGUUUCUCCUCUUUGGUCCAACUUUUUAUAAAACCAGAUAUGAAAGAUGUUUUCCGCUUGCUGUUGUUGUCAUGGUGAUUGACCAUUCAUGUGUUCUCCACAGGGACUAUGUGCAUGGAGAGGUGCAGUAUGGGUAUGAUGGUGCCCUAUACCUCGACUCUCUGGCCUUCCACCGCUUUGUCACUGCACUGACUAGUAAGUCACACACACUUGCCCAUAGUUAUUUUAGUCUAGCAGAAAAAGACAUGGAUAUCCUGACUGGCUGCUUUCUAUGACAACUCACUGUACAAACCAUAAUAUGUUCUCAAGUGCUCAAUAUGGCAAUUUUCUUUCUCUUUCUCUUUCUCUUUCUCUCUUCUCUCUCUCUCUCUCUCUCUCUCUCUCUCUCUCUCUCUCUCUCUCUCUCUCUCUCUCUCUCUGUCUCUCUUUCUCUGUCUCUCUCUUUCUCUCUCUCUCUCUCUCUCUUCUCUCUCUCUUCUCUCGUUUCUGUGCCCCUGUGUGUGUAGGUCAGAUCAUACUGAGUACAUUGUGUGCCUUCCUCAUGAAGACCAGGAAGGUGUGGCUGUUCUCUGCCUACCUGCUGCCCCUGUUGGCCCGUCUCUGUGCCAUGCCCCACGACACCCUGCUAUUGGUGAACUCCUUCUCCACGGCCCUGACUGGAAUAGGUGUGGCCAUGUUCCUCCUGUCCAAUCAGUUCGUGCCAUACCGGCUGGCCAGGGCAGCCUACUCUGAACUGCUACAACUGGAGGUACUGUUACUGACACGCCACAGUAAUAUCCUCUCCCUCUGUUUCUCUCUAACCCAC